UAGAACUGAUACUGCCACAUUUGGGUUUCCCGUGAUUGAUUUCGCCCCUUGCAGGCAAUUCAUGAUUUGCUCAGUUGCUUUCGAAAAGUAGACUAAUGUACAUUAACGCUCGUAGCAGUCGCGAAAAUGGUUGUGAAACGAUGUAACAUUCGUGAGGGCACAUGGCGUUGCUGCUUAUUGGCAAUGUUAUUAUUAAUACUUGGUGAAGCUAUCCAGCAAAACGAGGCAUCUUUUAGGUUUCCCAAUGGUCGAAAGAGCAAAGAAAUUAAUUUCAAACCUAGCUUAAAAAUGCAGGAACCUAGUACAAUUGAUAGAAAUUCUAGUGAUACAAGUGUUGUUCCCGUUGUUCCUUUGGAAGAACCUGACAUGUCCAAAGAUGAUGCAGAGAAAAUUCUUGAUGAAAUCGGCUUCAACUCUACUAACGAUGGCACUGAUGAUAUUGGACUCCGCUUUUUCGCUGGUGCAAAUACCAGAAUAUUGCACUAUCAACAGCAACACGGGUUGAAAGAAACAGGCGAGCUAGAUCGAGAAACCAAAAUAUCGCUCCAAAGUCCCAAAUGUGGCAUGAGCAACGUAGCUGCCCACGGAGACGACUACAAGUGGAGCUCGCGAUAUCUCACAUACUACGUUAGGAAUACUCCAUGGGGAAUCCCCUCGAGGACUGUUAAAAAUCUUAUACGUAACGCUUUCGACGAGUGGAGUAAGGUGACGAACCUUGAAUUCGCUGAGUCAAACGACCCAGAGUCUGAUAUGGAGAUUGCAUUUGGCGGUCGAAGGCAUACUAAUAGAGAAAGCAUAUGUAAUGAUGAUCUAGGGGCAAAUACGUUGGCACACGCGUAUUACCCGCAGAUAAGAGGAAUCCACUUCAACACUCAGUUCUUUCACGCAGCGAUGGACAAGGAUCAGUUUUUCACGACUGCAAUGCAUGAAAUCGGCCAUGCCCUCGGGUUGGAUCAUUCCGUAUCGAAAGCUUCUGUCAUGUAUCCCACGGUAGUGGCACACUUUUCCGAAGUACCGAAGCAGGAUGUUGAGAGGAUUCAGUUGAAGUAUGGCAAACGCCAGGAACUGAAAACUACCGGAUUACCAACUUUCUGUGAGGUGACAAAGUACGAUGCUGCAAUGUAUUAUCAAAACAAGUUAGUCAUAAUCGCAGGAAAGUACUGCUACACAAAUUUCAAUGAUAGAGAUGAGCCGACUUUACUCAGCGAGAUGUGGCCAGGAGCUCCUGAAACCCUGGACGCCGCAGAAAGCAUUGGUUCUCAUACUUAUUUAUUCAAAGGUGAUGAAGUGUGGGAUUUCAUGGAUGACGAGGUACAAGUAGGUUAUCCUCGAAAAAUCCAUGAAGCAUUUCCAGGACUGCCUAAGAAUUUGGACGGCGUAAUCUACGAUAAAGAAACACAUAUUUAUGCCUUCAAAAAGGAUCAUUAUUGGAGGUACAAUACGGAUCAUAAGAAAGUCGAUCGCUCAGAUGACAUAGAAGACUAUGGUGUGCCCGAAAGGAUCGAUGCAACACUCUUUGAUUAUGUUCACAAAAGACUGUUUUUCUUCAAGGACACCUCAAGAUAUAUAUACGAUUUUGACACUCGCAAAACAACACGAUAUGACUCUCAGAUGUUUGAUUGCUAGGUAGACUAUAAAAGCUAAUGUUCCGAUUUUAGUGUUUGCUUCUUUAAAUUUUGGGAAAUUGUGCUACUCCCCUACAUGUGUGGAACUUUCACAAAAGACGGACGUUUUCCGGCGGACCAAUGAUACCUUUAAAGAGCGUUUCGGAUGCAAAGUGAUUACUCCGGUGGUUUUAUGUAGACUAACUUAUGAUAUAUUAUACACAGAUUUUUUUUUUUAAUUUUUAUAUAUGGGUCAUUCCACACCAAGUGACCGACCGCUUGCAAUCGACCAUCACAGAUUUGAACCAAAUUUGGCUGAAACAUUUGUUUAGAUGAAAAAAGAAAAAAUCCAAAUUUUGGUGCCGAUCGGAUCACCCCUCGGCCCGUGGCAGCACCCCUCGUUUUGGCCGAUAUGAAAAUUAUCCUCUCUUUCUUUUAUUUUUAUCAUUGAAACGAUUGCCCCUACACAUUUUUGACCUUCGACUUUUUUAAAGGAAAUCGUUCAGGGAAUCCAGAAAAAAUAUUAUUUUUUUGAUACAGUGUUGCCAGAUAUCAUAAUUUUCAAUUUUAAAUCUAAAAAUCGAUUUUUCUCAAAAUACGUAUAUUUUGAUUUUAAAAAUUUUGAUUCCAUCGUGUUUAUCAGACGUUUUUCUAUCGAAAAAGCUUAACUCUCCAAGGUAAUUAGCGUCGUUCCUGAGAUAUAGCGUUUUUAAGAAAAAAUAUUCAUAUUUUUCAUAUAAAGUAUCAUAUAAAAUCAGAUGCAGUUUAUAAAUUUCGUAAAAAAACAUUGUUCGAUGCCAUAUAAUCACGUUUUGUGCUGAUUUGAACAAUAUCGAGUAUAAAAAGGAUUAAAAAAAUUGUGACAGUGUUGCCGGUUUACCUUUUUUAUUAUACCAUGAAACCUAACCUUCAAGUGUUUGACAAUGUACAGGUUAUUCUGAAAAAUCGCACCAUGUGUGUUGCAAGAUGUGUGAGCAAGAUAAAAACAAUACACAUCUUCUCUAACGACCCUGUUGUUAACCUUUUCUUCACAGACAAACAGACGUAACACCUAGAAAAUUUUUCGCGAAAUCCAUCGCCUAGUUCACACUUGGUGAAACGUCUAACGCUUAGAAAAAUGAUGUGCGCACCUCUGGUUGUGAAAGCUACAACUAUGAAGAUUUAAAAAGAUCGUUAAACCGUGGUCGUUGGAUUUUUUUUCCAAUGUUACGUCUGUUUGUCUGUGUUUUUUUUUUGUUUAUGGUCCUUUCUGACCAUUCGCCAUUCACCAUUCGCCAUUCAUUCAUUCGCUUGCGAUCAAAACUGCGACGAACGGCAACGAAUAUCCAUGUCAAGCAAAUUGCGCAUGGCUUUCCACUGGUGAUGGGGUUGCGUGCUUGAUCACGACAAUCCGUUUGCUGCAUCUUUCUCGAUUCGAUUUAGCAAAGAUGAGUGAAUAUGAAUGGAGUGAGGCGAAUAUACCGAUCCUUAAUAUGAUACUAUACAUUGUCGAUCUGGGAGUCACCUAUAAUUGAUCGAACAAUCGAUUUGAUUUAUCGGAAUUAACCUUCGUGUACAACCGAUCUCUUUUCCAUGCAAAAAAAAAGCCUGAGAAAAGUAGGCUCUAGGGAGCAAACGCCACUAAUCCAUUUCACUCAGAAAUUUUUGUUCAUUCUUCGCCACGAAGAACAAAUAAAAACUCAUACCAUAUGCAAUCACAUCAAUAGACAACACAAUACUCAACACUGUUCUUCACUUCUCUGCCCGGGACAAUAAAGGACAUGAUCUAUUAUUCUGCAAUCCAGUAAGAGUAAACGCAAUACUAAGCAUCCCCGCACCUAUUGUUUGCGUUUCCGCUAAAUACUAGCAUUCUUGGCAACACUGCCGUUAAAAUCAAUCAAGCUAUUUUUACAGGGAUUUUUAUAAGGAGUUGGAUUUUCGAAUAUAAAAUAAAAAUACUGAAGUCUGAGCUACCAGUUGCGCGACGAUGCGUAGUAUCUAAUAUUAUCUAAUUCCAAAGGAUAUCAUGAUGAUCAUCAUCAUUAUCAUCAUCAUCAUCAUUAUAUUCCAUAUUUUCAGGUUUAGCUUCUGAAAUUAGUUGUGGGUCAUUGAAUGUAGUUAUAUCGAAAUGACAUUUUCAGCACUGUUGCUUAUAAAUACACUCAUCAAAUGUUUUCCUGAAUAUAUUUUACGUCGAUGUUGCCAAAUGUACUAAACCUAAAUAUAAAAAUACUUUUGGCUUGUUAAUUAGAUUUCAUACUAAUGUUCUAGUAAAAUUAAGAUUUCUACAAUAAAUAUUACAUAUUUGGCAGCACUUCUGUUCAGAUAAUAUUAAAAUAUAUGAAAUUUGUUUAAAAUUGAUGAUCUCAAUGGAUACAUUUUUUAGUUCAACAGGUUAUGCUAGUCCAUUACGAUAGACUCAUAAUUGAUGAACUGGCAACACUGUAACAUUUUUUUAUUCCUUUUUAUACUUGAUAUUUUUCAAAUCAGCACAACACGUCUUUAUAUGGCAUCGAACAUUUUUUUUUGCGAAAUUUAUAAACUGCACCUGAUUUUAUAUGAUACUUUAUAUGAAAAAAAACGAAUAUUUUUUCUUAAAAACGCUAUAUCUCAGGAACGACGCAAAUUACCUUGGGGAGUUAAGAUUUUCGAUAGAAAAACGUCUGAUAAACACGAUGGAAUCAAAAUUUUUAAAAUCAAAAUAUACGUAUUUUGAGAAAAAUCGAUUUUUAGUUUUAAAACUGAAAAAUAUGAUAUCUGGCAACACUGCAUCAAAAAAAUAAUAUUUUUUCUAGAUUCCCUGAACGAUUUCCUUUAAAAAUGCCGAAGGUCGAAAAUGUGUAUGUGCAAUCGUUUCAAUGAUAAAAAUAAAAGAAAGAGAGGAUAAUUUUCAUAUCGGCCAAAACGAGGGGUGCUGCCACGGGCCGAGGGGUGAUCCGAUCGGCACCAAAAUUUGGAUUUUUUCUUUUUUCAUCUAAACAAAUGUUUCAACCAAAUUUGGUUCAAAUCCGUGAUGGUCGGUUGCAAGUUUUCACAUUUUCUCGGUCACUUCAUAUGGAAUGACCCAUAUACAAUUUUGACACUCGUAAUACGACACGAUAUGAUUCUCGGAUCUUUGACUGCUAGACGUAGACAAUUAAACAUGAUGCUCCCACUCUGGUGUUUCUUUCUAUGAGAAAAGCUCAUGAUACACAGCAAUCUUGUGACAUAACUUCCAUUUAGUUGCACAUCUGUCGCGUCCGCGUCGUAAAAGUAAUGAAUAACAAGCCACAUGAAAACUGCGCCUAUUCACUGAAGUUCUCAGGUACAUUCACCUUACAAAAGAGAAAGAGAGAAAAACGCCCACAAUAAAAAAAAUAGGUACAAAAUUGCU